AAGGACAAAGUUGCAAUAUUAAACAAACCUUAAGGGCAAAUUCAGAACCUACAUUUUAUAUAAAGUCCAGGUGCCACUCCACUUGAAUGCAAUUCUCUAUUAUCAAACACACUAAUAUACCUUUCAAUCUCUACAAUGGCGAUGGCUUUCAAGAUGGCAACCACUGGAAUGUGGGUGACGGAUGAAUGCAAGAACUCGUUCAUGGAGAUGAAGUGGAAGAGGGUCCACAGGUUCAUAGUGUUCAAGAUCGAUGAGAAAUCCAGGCUGGUGACCGUCGAUAAGGUCGGUGGCCCCGGCGAGGGCUACGAUGAGCUCGCUGCUUCCUUGCCCAACGAUGAUUGUAGAUAUGCCGUCUUCGACUUCGACUUUGUCACCGUCGAUAAUUGCCGGAAAAGCAAGAUCUUCUUCAUUGCAUGGUCUCCCACAGAAUCAAGAAUUAGAGCAAAAAUGCUGUAUGCAACCUCCAAGGAUGGAUUGAGGAGAGUGCUAGAUGGCAUCCAUUAUGAACUCCAAGCAACUGAUCCAACUGAGAUGGGCUUUGAUGUCAUAAGAGACAGAGCCAAAUAAAUAUGAAUAUAAUAUAAUAUAUUUACAAUAUUAGCUUAAUAAUUAUAUA